AUGCGCGCCUCCACCGCCCUCGCCGCCCUCCUCGCCGCCCUCGCCUCCGCGGGCCGGCCCAAGCCCGAGCCGUACGAGGCCUACGACCGGCUGCGCGAGGCCAUGACCGACGACGUCGUCUACGACAGCCGGCCCCUGGGCCCCGCGUACGGCGGCCUGUCGGCCGGGCUGGAGCAGACGACGGCCAACAUCCGCGCCGCCUUUGGCGACGCUCUCGUGGAGCACCAGGUCGGCAACGCCCUCGUCGCCUUCACAAACGACCAGGCCACCGCCGCAAACGUCAGCACCUACCUCACCUGGAGUCGCUGGGACAAGGCGGCCCCCGGGGACGUGACCAAGACGUUCCGCAUCUUUGAGCGCUGCGACGACGUCUUCGUCGUCGACCCCAAGGACGGCCGCUAG